AGCUCUAUCAUGCGUCCGCCCCUUCCGCCAUCUACUCAGUCUGCGAAAUAGUGCCUUUGGUAUCGCGAAAAGAUCUCUCUCAACUACUACUAUGACUCCCACCGCAUGGACCCCAAACCGGUAUCCCGCCACUCGCCGUACUGACCACUUCGACGUGUACAAGAGCGAGGCAAAGGGCGAAGUCCGCGUCCAUGACCCUUAUGUGUGGCUCGAGCAGCAGUCCGAUGAAAGAGAUCAGUGGAUAGACACCCAACAGGCAUUUACCCGGUCUUAUCUAGACCAGAACCCCGACCGCCAGAAACUGGAAGAUGAGAUCAGGAAGAACACAGACUACGAAAAGUUUACGCCUCCUAGUCUAAAGGAUGACGGACGGUACUAUUGGUUCUACAACAGCGGGUUGCAGGCCCAAAACGUCGUAUACCGGUCCAAAGAUACUUCUCUCCCCGACUUCUCAAAAGUCGAAGGCGCCGGGGGCGAAGUGUUCUUCGACCCCAAUCUGCUCGCCGCUGAUGGCACUGCUUCUCUCGCGACCUCCUCCUUCUCGAAGUCCGGUGAGCUAUUCGCGUAUGGCGUAUCUCGUUCCGGCAGCGAUUUCUGCACUAUCUAUGUUCGACCUACGUCCUCUCCCUUCGCUGAAGUGAAUGGCAAGGGCCCGGACCACAAUGACCCCAAGGACGGUGGUCGGCUAAGCGACGAGAUUCGGUUUGUCAAGUUUUCCGGCAUUGUAUGGACUCAUGACUCCAAGGGCUUUUUCUACCAACGCUACCCUGAACGCCAGACUAACGGUUCUUCAGCGGAAGAACAGAUCGGCAUCGAGACUGAAGAUGAUAAGAACGCUAUGGUCUUUUACCACCGUAUUGGCACACCUCAGUCGGAAGACAUAUUAGUUAUGAAAAGUGACGAAAACCCGGAGUGGAUGUUUUCCACCGAGGUCAGCGAGAUGGACGGCAAAUAUCUGUCUCUUUACAUUAACCGUGACACUGCACGAAAAAACAUGCUCUGGAUAGCCGAUUUAGAGGAGAAUGAAAUCGGUCCAAACAUGAAGUGGACGAAGCUCGUCGACGAAUUUGACGCAGAAUUUGACGUCAUCGCCAACGAUGGUACCAAACUUUAUAUCCGCACAAAUAAGGAUGCGCCGAUGUACAAAGUGGUUACAUGCGACCUGGCUCAUCCGAAGGGCGAAUACAAAGAAUUUAUCCCCGAGGACAAGAAUGCUAAGCUGGAAGCGAUCAAGGCUGUGGGCGGCGAUAACUUCGCCUUGAUUUACAAACGCAAUGUCCAGGAUGAGAUAUAUGUUCGUUCAAUGGCCGAGGGGGCACCGCUCAUUCGAGUUGCCGCCGAUUUUGUCGGCACCACAUAUCUUUAUGGACGCCGCUCCCAUCCGCAUGUCAUGGCCACUCUGACGGGCUUUACUAACCCCGCCAUUCAUGCUAUGUAUGAUUUCACUGAAAAAGAUGAAGCCAAGCGGUGGAGAAUCCUGAAGACUACUACCGUCGCAGGGAUCGUGGCGGACGACUUCGUGGCUGAGCAAGUGUGGUACACGAGCAAAGAUGGAACGAGGGUACCCAUGUUUAUAGUGCGGCUGAAAACAACAAAACUGGACGGUACCGCCCCGGCCAUACAAUAUGGGUACGGUGGUUUCAGUAUCUCCAUUGUCCCCUUCUUCAAUCCUGGGAUGCUCACUUUCCUGCAAAACUACAAUGCCAUUCUUGCUGUGCCUAAUAUUCGCGGCGGCGGAGAGUUCGGAGAGGCAUGGCACUUGGCCGGGGUCCGAGAGCGAAGAGUCAACGCGUAUGACGACUUCAUUGCAGCAACAGAAUUCCUGGUGAAAAAUAAGUACGCCGCGCCUGGCAAAGUUGCCAUCAACGGAGGUUCUAAUGGAGGCUUGCUAGUCGCCGCAUGUGCCAAUCGCGCUCCGCAAGAUACAUUUGGCGCAGUUGUUUCGGAAGUUGGCGUGCAUGAUCUGCUCAAGUACGCCGAUUUUACGAUUGGGAAGGCCUGGGUAUCCGAUUUCGGGGACCCCAAGGACCCUCAUGACUUCGAUUUUAUCUAUCCGAUCUCGCCUCUGCAUAAUGUGUCGCCAGACAAGACGUUGCCACCGACGAUACUCCUAACUGCCGAUCAUGAUGACCGCGUGGUUCCUCUACACUCAUUCAAGUUCGCAGCGACUUUACAGCACACGCUUCCUCACAAUCCACACCCCUUGGUGAUCCGCAUAGACAAGAAAGCCGGCCAUGGAGCUGGAAAGGCCACGGCACAACGGAUCAAGGAAUGGGCGGACAAAUGGGGUUUCGUUGCCCAAUCUCUGGGACUCACUUGGAGAGGUAGAUAGGGUCCUACGACGUGCGUUGUACGGCAUGCCGAUUGAUCUCCAACGAAGGUUUGUCGCGGCAGCGCGACUCGGCCGAGGGUUUGCGAGCGUCGCUCUAGAAUGAGCAAUGAUAUGGCUACCUCCCCAUCAUAUGGACACCUGCUGACUCGCGGUGCUCUCCACGGUACUUGGCUAUGCAAUCGAUAAGAAUGACAGCGGUUGUUCGCCGGCCUCGAGGCGUUUACGAGCUCAAGUGGGAACCUUUUCGAGGUUUGAUCUCAGUUUUUAGGACACGAUUCGUCUUCGAUUUGGGCAUGGGUGCGUUGCUGUUCUCAGUGAUGUAGAAGCGGCGCAAGAUCAAGAUCGCUUCCUCGCGACAGUACCCGCUGGUGGCCUUGUAUGCAGGGUGCUUCGGGUGGGGCAGACU